GCUUCAUCAACUCCCUAAUGCCUUCAGGCUGUACUCCUUCUAGUUCAUCGUCCCAAGAUCGUGUAAAAAUGCGGCUUCUUCACACAACCACUCAAAGGCUAUUCGAGAAGACACCCGAGGAACUUCGAAAAGAGAAUAUUCGAUAUGCUAUCCUCUCCCAUACCUGGGGGCCUGACGAAGUGGUCUUCGAUGACAUCGUUCAUGGCACCGAAUGGACCAAGAAUCCAAGCUCAUUGUCAAAGGUCCAAGGUGCGUGCCGUCAGGCUCGGAGCAAUGGAUAUGAUUACAUCUGGAUCGACACGUGUUGCAUAGACAAGAGCAGCAGUUCCGAGCUUUCCGAAGCAAUCAACUCUAUGUACGUUUGGUAUGAGACGGCAGAAGUCUGCUACGCCUUUAUCGAAGACUUCGACUAUGAGAGCCUCGGUUCGGCGGAGAAGAAGGCAUCGUUCGCAGCGAGCAGAUGGUUCACACGCGGGUGGACAUUGCAAGAGCUUCUUGCGCCAACCAAUUUAGUCUUCUUCACGAGAGAUUGGGUCAGCCUCGGCGAGAAGAGAGCUAUCAGCCCUUUUCUAACAGAAAUCACGGGAAUUGACGCCGCCAUCAUGACAGGUGCGCGUCCAAUCGAAUCCGCUAGCAUCGCAAAGAGAAUGUCAUGGAUGUCACGCCGACGAACAACACGGCCUGAGGACUCGGCCUAUUGCAUGAUGGGAAUAUUCGGCGUCAACAUGCCUAUGCUCUAUGGUGAAGGCGGCCGGAAGGCGUUCUUGAGGCUCCAGGAAGAGAUCAUGAAAAUAUCCGACGACCAAUCGCUUUUCGCAUGGGUAAAUCGAGACGGAGACCCCGAUGAGCUGCAUGGGCUCCUGGCCUCAUCUCCAGCAGCUUUUGCACAUUCAAACGGUAUACUUCCGUAUCACGAUUGGGGUGACUCUCGCGAACCUUAUACGAUGACUAACCGGGGUCUCCGUAUACAACUCCACCUGUCCGCACGGGAGGAUGGGAUAUUUGUUGCAACGAUCGAUUGUCCCGUCCCGCCCAACUACGCGGACUCGAGCUUCUUGGCGAUAUAUCUAAGGAAGAUAUCCAGCGGCCGAGAAGAUAAAGAGGGGCAACACUAUGCCCGUGUCAGGGCUGGCCAGUUCGGCAGCGUGCAGGUCCGGGGAAAGUUAAAGACCAUCUAUGUGCGUCAGGACCAGCGACCACCCAUUGACGGGGAAGCGGGCGUGUUCCCUCAGCACAUUCUACAGCUCCGCAGCGGGCCCCAUCCUGAUGCCUACAGAGUCACCCAAGUACUUCUGCCUGCAGGAUACGCCAAAGAGAUCCCGGAGCCGAUGACGCUUCGGCAGUCGCCCCGGACCUGGGUUCCCGAAAAAUGGCCGGUGGCAUUCCGCCUCCCAAAGGGCGAAGGCCAAGUCGCAGCCGCGAUCAUAUUUGAGCGUGACGACGGGGAAAGGCUAGCAGUAUUAAUGGGCUCAAUACGCGGAUUUCAGGUGGCUUUUGGCGCUGUGAAAAUCGAAGGUGAAGCCAAGUCCGGGGCAAAGACCAUGUCGUUCGAGAUGCUGGCCUCUGAGUUUCAACCGUUGUCGGACGGGAGAUUUGAGAGCGAUUUUCACAGCGUGCGGGCCUCUGCCACGCCAGUCGUAAAGGACUCGUGGAAGUACUACCUGAUAGAUAUCGGCGUUGAAGAUGUCGGGCGACGGCUGCCCGAGAUGCUGGCACAAGCCACUCUAGGAGCUUAUAGCCGUGCGACAGGCACCGGAAACCACCCUGCUUACCAGCUUGGCACAACGCCUGAGACUGUGUUGCACCCUCAUAAACCACAAGAGGUAUACUCUGACGAUGAAGAUGAUUGGAGUAUUGAGGAGAACUUGAAGUCACAAGGAAAUGCUGAGAAGAUUCCGCCGGAAAAGAAACGGGACAGGUGGAGAAGGUUAAUGAAAUAGACGAAGAUUGAGGCAGAUCGAGGCAGACACAAUACACCAAGUUGCCUCCCCAA